AUGACUAUUAAGCUAGUUGUUGGAAGUUUUACUUUGAACAUAAUCAGUGCGUAUGCACCCCAAGCAGGCUUGAAUGAGAAAGUUAAUAGGCGUUUCUGGGAGGAUUUGGAUGAGAUGGUGCGUGGUAUUCCGCAUACCGAGAAGCUUUUCAUAGGAGGGGAUUUCAACGGCCACAUUGGCGCGACGUCUGGGGGAUACGAUAAUGUGCAUGGUGGCUUUGGUUUUGGAGAUAGAAACGGAGGAGGAACGUCUUUGCUGGACUUUGGUAGAGCAUUUGAUUUGCUGAUAGCAAACUCGAGUUUCCCGAAGAAGAGGGAGCACCUGGUCACCUUCCGGAGUUCGGUGGUCGAGACUCAAAUUGAUUAUUUACUCUACAGGAAGUCCGAUAGAGGUCUUUGCACGGGUUGCAAGGCAUCCCGCGUGAGAACCUCUCGACCCUCCAUAGGCUCCUGGUCAUGGACCUUGAGAUCACGAGGAAGAGGAGGAAGAGGGCGACGUAUAGCCAACAUAGGAUCAAGUGGGGAGCCUUGA